CAGUGAUGUCACUGAGAGGACAUCUGUUCGUGCGAUAGAAGCCACACUCUGUAGCUCUACUGCAACUCCAUUUAGCGACACGGAGACAGCGGGCAGGACGCGCCUGUUAGACUCCAGCUUAACAGAGGAAACUGUUCCCCUGCUGACUGUGGGUACAAACUGCACUGACUAUGUCUGAAAAAGAAAACAACUUCCCUCCGCUUCCUCGCUUUAUACCGCUGAAGCCAUGUUUCCACCAAGAUUUUGAGAAUGACAUCCCAGACCUUCAUCGGACCACUGUCAAGCGUCUCUACUCCCUGUGGAUGUUGCAUAGCAUCACUUUGGGGGUGAACCUAAUUGGCUGCUUGGCGUGGUUGAUUGGAGGAGGCGGAGCCGUUAACUUUGGCCUGGCAAUUCUAUGGGUCAUCCUCUUUACACCCUGCUCCUAUGUCUGCUGGUUCAGACCUGCUUACAAAGCUUUCAAGACAGACAGCUCAUUUAAUUUCAUGGCAUUCUUCUUCACAUUUUCUGCUCAGUUGGUGAUCAGUAUAAUCCAAGCUGUUGGCAUUCCAGGCUGGGGUGUCUGUGGCUGGAUUGCUACCGUUAGUUUCUUCAGUACAAGUGUUGGAGCUGCAGUGGUAAUGCUGUUCCCAACUAUCAUGUUCACCGCUGUGGCUAUCCUCUCCUUUGUGGCACUGACUAAGGUUCAUAGGUUUUACCGUGGUGCAGGAGGUAGUCUUAGCAAGGCUCAAGAAGAAUGGACCACCGGAGCUUGGAAGAAUCCUCAUGUACAACAGGCAGCUCAGAAUGCGGCACAAGGUGCCAUGGCACAGAAUGACCCUCAGUACUCGGCAACACCAAAUUAUGGCUACUCUAACUAAAUGUAAGACUUUUUAAAGGAACAGCAACACCCAAAAAAGAAAGUAAAUAAAAUAUAAUGUAAUGCUGCCCUGCACUGGUAAAACGAAUGUGUUUGCUUCAGAAACUCUACUAUAGUUCAUAUAAACAAGCUGCUUUGUAGCAAUGGCGGAAAUUGAAAAAAGGCUAUAUGGCACAGGUUAAAUAGUGGAUAACGGAUAACACCAUUAUGUUCUACAGAGCUUAUCUGCUGUGUAACCUGAGCCUUUUCUCCUUUUAAUUGCUGCCCCAUUGCUACACAGCAGCUUAUUUAUAUAAACAAUAGUAGUGUUUCUGAAGAAUACACAGCAGUUUUACCAGUGCAGGGCAACAAUGCAUUAUAUUUUUAUUGCUUUAAUGUUUUGAUGUUACUGUUCCGAAAGGACCAGCAAACAUACAUUCCUUGGGGAAAAGGUCAAUUCCUGUUCCCUGUGCCCUAGUACCAGAGUUGCCUUUUUUUUUUUUUUCCUCCUGUUUACCUUAUAUUAUAAAAUGGUGUGUUCUUAGGUGUGGCAGUAUAUGCGUGUCCCAGAGAGAAUGUGUCUCUGGGUACAGCAGAAUUGCCCAAGGGAAGAGUUAUGUUUACAUGCAAAUAGCAAAAUUGGAAUGACAGGUUCCAAAGUGUAUUGCUUUUAGAACAGUAUAGGAAGUAAUUGCCGCACUACUAGAUGGCAGUGGAUGUGUUCAGCACUGAACUAUCCUAGAUUAAUCUUCCCCUGACAUUUAAACUUUAGAGAUCAUUUGUGCCUACUAACAGCAGAACAAUUAUUAUAGAGUGCUUUUCUUCUAAUUCCAUAAAUCCCACUGAGAAGCCCUUUGUAUAAACAAAUCCUCCCUACUCCGGCUAGACUUUGUUAGGCCGUGAGAUAAAAAAAACAGCUCAUCAUACACAGGCUUCUCCGUGUGCUGCUGAUUUGUUUCAAUUAUGCUCAUACGGACCUGUAGUAGAUUUUCCCUAGUUUACUUCCUAAGUAAAAAAAUAGGCAAAAUCCCUAUUUAUUGAACUAAUGCUGAAAAGUGAAAAAAAAUACAAAUGGAGAUGAUGUUACCUUUAAUCUUUGGGCAAUUAUCAUUAUGAACUAUUACACCACUGCUUUGAUCCACUAAUUUAUAGAUUGAGUAAAUGAGUAUUUUUUUUUUUUUUACACUCCAGAUAUAAAGGAUGCUUGGAAAUAGUUUGCAAUUAAUCUUAUUGCUAUGAAUUAUAAUUUUUGUUACAGCAUUACAUACAUGCAUGCAUACUUAAGAAUAAAGCAAUUUCUGAUGUAUACUCCUCCACACUCAGAUGCAAAAACUAUAUAUGCCGGGGUGCUCAGUUACAACUUGCAUAUAAGAAAAAUCUUAAAACCAGCUCACCCUUAAAAAAACUCCAAUCUUUUUAUUUUUACCACAUUGUACAAAAGUCUGACGUUUCAGUCCUCACAAACCAUUCCCCUAAGCAAACAAAUAAUUAUAGUUAUGUAUUGGUGCCCUCUGCUAUUCUUAUAACGUUUUGUAUGACCAACUUUAUAGGAUCAAAUCAAUAGACAAGUCUAUUUAUCAUUAAAAAUGUGAAUUAUGUUAACUGUUUAACUUGAAUAUAAAGUAACAAGCUACAAAAAUAAGAGAAAACAGUGUAAAAUGUAAGAUUAUAAUGGAUCUGAAGUUACAUUACUGUCUGAAUUUUUGUAUACAAAACUAGAGGUAUGUGUAUUCACAGUUGUGUAUAAACCUACAUUAGGAAAUAUCUAAAGGUUGUCUGAAAUAUUUGUAAUGAUUUUUUUAUAAUUGAUUAAAUUAGGAUACUAUUUUUUCAGUAUUAUAAUCAUGGCAACUAAUUUAAAUCUUUUGCUGUACUGUAUGUCUUUCUUAUAUAUUUUUUUUUUCUAUGCAUAUUCUACAGUUACAUUUUUCAGAUCUAUAUGUAAUUAGAAAACCUCAGUUAGAACCAAGAAGACUGCAGUCGUGCAGACUGGACAAUAAAUAUAUAAAUUAUUUUCAUUUCCCUGAGCUAUAGUCAAAGCUCCCAAUGGAAGGGAUUUCAGGUUACCUCCACAGAUUUUAGCUUUGGUAAAAGGUUGAUAUAAUAUCCUAGUAUUUAGGAAAAGUGUAGGUGAAACUUUGGUAAGUUACAACUGACAAGAUGUGAUUAACAAAUGAAAUAAAUCUAUUCAAACC